UUUUCACUCACCCCAUUCAUAACUGGUGUUCUCUUCUCUUUCUCUUUAUACAAACAAACAAAUGUAUUUGCGUGUAUAUACAAGGAAAAACAAGAAGGAAAAAAGUGUUGAAUGCUCUGAGUUCCAGCAGAUUAAAAGUUCACUGAAAAUGGGAAGUGAAAAAUCAGAUAGAUCAGAAUCUGGCAAUUUGAUAUCUUUGACGGGUGUCCAGAAAGAGAAAUUCUGUAUUGAUUGUGCUGAACAAAAUCAGCAAACUAGUAUGAGGGUCUUAAAAGAAGAAGAAUCAAAGAGUCGAAAGAAUAGGGUAGGCCCCGGGGACCUUAUUUGGGGAAAGGUAAUGUCUCAUCCAUGGUGGCCGGGGCAAAUAUACAAUGAGAGUCUAGCACCUUCUCCACUAGGCCAUGCCAAGAAAGAUGGUUCAGUUCUAGUUUCCUUUUUUGGUGAUGAUAGUUAUGCGUUGCUUGAUCACGAUCAAGUCAUCCCCUUUGAACCUCAUUUUGAGGAGAAGUCAAAGAUGUCAAAACUUCAAACUUUCAGUGUGGCAGUUGAAGAAGCUAUUGAUGAGCUGAAAAGGAGAGCUGCACUUGGCUUGACUUGCUUCUGCCUACACCCUGGUAACUUUCGGCCUACAAAAAUUGAAGGGCUUUACGAAGUUGAUGUGAGCGGGUAUGAACAUGGGGCCAUUUAUUCAUCAAAACUGAUUAAAAAUUGUAGAGAUGGUUUCCAGCCACAUGGGAUGUUUUCAUUCGUAAAGCAGUUGGCCACGUCUCCAAGAUCUUUGCUGAAUAUUUAUGGGAUAAUUAACAGUGCAAAGGUUACUGCUUACAGAAAAGCAGUUUUUGAAGAAAACGAUGAGACCUAUGAUCAGGCGUUUGAUGAAUUUGAAAAAGAUGAUGAGACUUCUGGUCAGGCAUUUGGAGUGAAAGCCUCAAGCUCAGAGUAUCUGGCAGAAUUUUCAAAAAACGGAAAUCAACUUCAAGGUACUGCUGGUGCUCAGGUAGAAGCUGCAGCCUCAAAUGGACCGAGAGUAUUUGUAAUAUCCACUGAAAUAGCUCGUUUAGAGAGGAAUAAUAGCGUUACUGUGGCGAAACCUUGUGUUGAUAUUGCAUCAGAGAGAUCAGGACCUGCUGCUCUACAUUAUAAACACAAGGAUAAGGCUUCAGUUUAUAGGAAGUUGAGAAGGUCAGAGGUAUCAAAAACACUGGAUAAAUCUAAACGUUCCCAAUCACUCAAUGUGCCUAACGUGAUUACAAAAGAGAAAUUGCAAAAUCUCAAAUGCCCUAUCAUUCCUUUUGAUGCAUCUGUAAUCGAAGAAAAGGAAAAAGAGUCAUGUAAAGGAGAAAUCAAAAGGAAGAGGAUGAAAUGGUCUCCACCAAAUGAACAGGGGCAGAAAGGUAAGUUCCAGAAAGAUGCUACCUUUGACAAUAUACAUGCCAAAUCAGGUGGAGAAACUGGCAGGACCUAUUGUCACAAAAAUAGAGAAACUUGCAAAAAGAAGAAAAAUAACAGGGUUAAUGACUACGGUACUCCACGAAAUGGUGGUCUUUUGUCCGACUUGCUAGCUUUUGCAUGUGAUCCAUUUUAUGGAACAGAACUGGGGAAUGCUACUGGUGCAUUGACGCUUUUGAAGCAAUUCCGAUCAAACUUUUACCAAAAGAGUUGUUGUCCAGAUGAACAUGAGACGACCAACAAAAAGCGGACACUCUUGGAAUGCCAAGAACGUAUGACUAGGAAAGAAGAGUUGAGGGGCUUGAAGUCCUUGCGCAUGACAAAGAAGUAUGAUGACCAAAAACUUUUGACACCCCAAGAAGGGACUGACCUUAACAUCCAAUCAACAUUGCCUGUGCAGUCUGAGAUGAAGUCAUUACCGAGGGAGUUGCCCAAGGAAAAUUCUAAGUGCAGGUCUGAUGUAGAAGAACAAGCAUCUCCCAAAGGUAACGCGAAUAGCAACUCCAUAGUUUGUGAGUAUCCAGACGUUGAUGCAUCUUCUGCAAAAGUUAAUAUUGGUGGCGAAAACUGUCGAGAGGUCCUUUCUGAAGUCGUGUGUGCUUCAAGUCCUGUUUCUUCUAGCAUUCAGUACAAGUAUAAAGUUGGUAGUUUGGAUGAGACCGUUGCAGCCAUUAACAGGAAAUAUUCCAUGGAUGAGGGAUGGAAGAGUCAUUAUCAACAAAAUCUCAGUGCCAUUAACAGUUCAAAUUUGUCACUUCAGCUGUCUAACCUUCUCCAGAAGUGCAAUGACAUUUUGGGUCACAGAACCAGUUCAGCAACCAGAGUUAACUCAAAUGAAUGAUAAGCUAUACAGUAUACUGAUGGAGCUUGCACAAUGAGAAGGAGAAAAGAGCAUAGAACUUGUUCUCAUUGUAGGUUGAUGGGGUUAACUCAAAUUGCGGAAGAUGUUGUAGGGGUUUCAUUCCCUAGCUUGAUUUCUAGCUAGUUUUCUUUUGUUGCUUUGUUUCUCUUUCGAAAAAAAAGUCCUUGUGAAAUAGGCCUAUCAUGCCCUUGUGGUCUACUUUCAUGACUUUCUAGUUUUGGUCCAGUACCAUUGUAGGUUGUUUGAA